AUGCCUCAAUCCUUGUCAUCUUCUAUGCUAGGCUACUAUGGAUCGGAGAAACUUGUCGAUGAAGUCAAGUCACAUGUUCCUGCUUCUAUCAAGCAACAACGACUCUCACACUCACCUUCAUACAACCUUAGCCAAUUCGAACAUGUCAACGGGGCACCUCCAUUGGCCUUUCGGAAGCCAAUCCCGAUUGCCGAACGUAUUAAUAGUGCAAAAGAUGCCAUCAAGGAUUUUGAUGGAAAGAUGAACAAAGGAUAG